GACGUCAAAACUCCGCGACUUGUUUUGCUAAACUAUGACAGACACACAAACGUGACACGUGAGCUAGCAGGUUGAGAGAAUAUUUUCUUUUAUAGAUAUAAAAAUAAGUUGAGUGUUAUUAUUGAAGCCAAAAUGAGUGCGUCAAUGCCGCAAAAGCGUUACUACAGACAGCGAGCACAUUCAAAUCCGAUGGCGCAUCACACGUUUGACUAUCCUGUGUGUCCAGAGGAGAUGGACUGGGCUACGUUGUAUCCGCACUUCUUUUCCGAGAACCAGUCUGAUGAGGAAAGGACAUCACAGGUUGAGUUCGCAGACAUUGGCUGUGGAUAUGGUGGACUUUUAGUGGAGUUAUCUCCACUUUUCCCAGACAAACUCAUGCUGGGCAUGGAGAUCCGGGUGAAAGUGUCUGAUUAUGUCCAGGAUCGAAUCAAGGCAUUACGUGAAUCCAAACCCGGAAGCUACCAGAACAUUGCUUGUAUUCGCAGCAACGCCAUGAAAUAUCUCCCCAACUUUUUUUCCAAAGGACAGCUCAGUAAGAUGUUCUUCCUUUUCCCGGACCCUCAUUUUAAAAAGACCAAGCACAAAUGGAGGAUCAUCAGUCCUACAUUGUUGGCAGAGUACGCCUACACACUGAGAAUCGGGGGUUUGGUCUACACCAUCACAGACGUGGAGGAGGUCCACCUUUGGAUGGUGAAGCACUUCAGCGAACAUCCGUUAUUUACACGGGUCCCCGAUGAAGAACUGGCUGAUGAUGUCAUCGUGUCCCGUUUGGGAACUUGCACAGAGGAGGGAAAGAAAGUGCAGAGAAACAAAGGGAAGAAUUUUCUUGCUGUUUUCCAGCGGAUUGAUUGAACAUGAUGUGAAAAACAUUUGGAUAAUUGACGACUACAGAAGACUUUUUCCUUUCUUAAUACUUCACAGUACCAACACAAAGAACGGUGCGGCCAUAUUUGGUUUGACGGGUGGAUUCCGACACAAUACUGUCAUAACUCUUGACAGGUUCUUUGUGUAUUUGUUUUUUUUUUGCUUUUUUAAUUAUUUUUAAACAAAAAACAUGUUUUUGAUUUAGUUGAAUCAUUGUAUUACUCCCAUCAGUGAGCAAUAAAAAGAGCAGGUAAAUCAUAAAAGUCAUAUUUGAGCUUUCUGGUAAAGUUUUUGGAGUUUAUCACUUUUCUAACAAUUUUUGUCUUGCUUUAUUGCAGGGGUCUCAAACUCAAUUUACUUGGGGGCCACUGGAGCUCGGUUCUGGGUGAGACUGGGCCGCAUCAGGUUUUCAAAAACAAAAAACAAAAAAAAAACGCAUUUAUUAAAAACAAAAAAAUUAAAAAAACCUCGCUUUGGGUCCAAUUUUCUACAAGAAAAGCUCUGAUAAAACAUUCCACUGUUCUCAAAUAUCUUACUUUUUAUUUUUCUACACAAAAUAAGAUGAAAAAUAAAUAAACAAAUCAAGAAUAAAGAAAAUCAAUCAAUCAGUAAUAAAUAAAUAAAUAUAAUAAUAAUAAUAAUAAUAAUAAAACAGCAAAUAAUAAAAACUUAAGAAACCACAUAUAGUUGGUGGGUAGACAAAUUAUUUUUUUCAGAUUAAAAUGAACAAAGCAUUAUUAGAGCCCUGUAGACAUGACAAAACACGACUAUAGUCACAUUUAUACUCUUUUUAUUUACAACAUAUUGCGCAACUGCAGCGUCUUGAGCCACAUGCUAACUCGCAAACUAGAGCCCUAGCGACCUAAACGGUAGCCUUCAAGUUAUUUCCUUUAAACUUAAAUCGCCAAAAACUUUACCACUUCCACACGGAUAGGGAGGAUAACUAUUAACAGUUAUUUAACCUUUAACAUGAACAUUAAUCAAACGUAAUAAUUUUUUUCUGGGUACAUGAUACCAUACAGCAUCCAUAUCAAACUGUUAACAACAGACCAUGUCAAAAAACAAAAUUGAUACAACCAUCAAAAGGUUGGCUCAGGCCAUGAUGCCAGGUUGUAUGUUGAGUUUAAAUGAAAUACUUUGGAAAGAUUGGGCGGGCCGUAUUCAAACACUUGGCGGGCCGGAUGUGGCCCCCGGGCUGUAGUUUGCCCACCCCUGGGUUAGAAUGUUGGCUACACACUCAGGAGAUCGGGAAGACCUGAGUUCGAAUCUCCGCUUGGGCAUCUCUGUGUGGCGUUUGCAUGCGUAGGUUUUCCCAGAGUAUUCCAGUUUCCUCCCACAAAUUAAUGAAUGCAUGGAAGCCAAAUUAAUACAUAUGAAACUGAAAACUAGCAUGCACACAAGUUAUGGGAGCUUGGAUUUAAUAUCUCACCGGUGUUGCACCAACUUAAUGAUUUGUCCAUACCCACACAUGCUUUCAAUUAUGGUACAAAAUCAUGAAGUGGUUUGGUCCGAAGGUAUUUGCCGCAUCCAUAUAAUAAUAGCACCACCGGGUCAUCAAAUAAACGUAAUAAAAUGAUUUAAAAGGAAGCUCCAGUUGAAGGAACUUUACGACGGAACAGUGGUGACGGAUGUUUCAUUCUGUUUCAUUUGCAAAGAAUUUGUCACAUCUGGGCCUCAGACUGUCUCUGAUGUCAUCGUUCAAUCUCUGCUAAUGUUUACAAAGGCAGCUGUGACUUGUUUUUUUAAAGGUUUCACAUCAGUUGACAACUUCAAACCCUUUAAAUAUUCCCUAUUAUGCUCAUUUUUCAACCCUUUGUAUUGAGUUGUGGACUCCUAUAGAGCAGUUGCACACAAUAACCGGCAUUGAAAACGUUCUAGAUCUUCCACAGCCGCUUACUUGGACAAAACAAACCCAGUAAGGACAAUGAUAAAUGAAAUUGUUACUCGCAGCCUGUGCUUCUGACUUUUCAACAAGUCAUGUUGGAAAGGCAUCAGGCUUCAGCAACAAUCUGGCGGAUAGUCCUGCUGCGCCCAUAUUCCCAUAUUUUGCUCUUGCUGGUCCGGAAUCUGGAACUCCAACCACUUCUGCCUGAUGUUUGCCUCUUUAGGCAAGUUCAACAACAAUAAUUAUUAUUAAAAAUAAUAAUAUUAACCAUAGUAAUAAUAAUAACAUAAUAAUAAUGAUAAUAAAUAAAUAAAAUUAGACAUUUAAUUUAUAACACACUACAACAAAUAAAUGAUAUUAUUGUUAUUAUUAUUAAUA